UCCCCUCCCCAUCGCCACCCUCAACCCUUCCCAGCCCGUCCUCUCGGGGGCCCAGCCCCAUACGACGCCGAUCCAUUGGCAGAGCGCGAGCGCGAACGUUGCCGCUUCCAAUGGGCGAGUGGCUGAGCCAGCGAGCGCGCCCCGGCUCAACGAGUCCGACUUGGCACUCAUCUGCACGCCAGUGGUUGUAGCUCCUCUCCGCGGGCGCACGCUCUCGCCAUAGAGAGGCUGCUCCUCCAAGCGCGGCGCGUGUGUGUGUGUAUACACACACGCGUACAGCAGCUACGUGUUAGCAGCGUGAGCGCGGCGAGGACACGCUUAGGAGUGUGUGUGUGUAUAUAAAGAGAGGCAAGGCUGGCAACUUUUGCGGCAGAUGCUACUACUCCCUUACUCCAGCUACUGCUACGUAGCUACUGCUUACAACUAGCCUGGGGAGGUGUGGGUGCUGUCGCUCACUACUGCUGCUCCUGCUGCUGCUGCUGCUCAGCGCUCCUUGGAACACACCGAGUGCCGCUGAGAAGCAAGAACGCAGGGGACGUGGAGUUCGGGUUGGCGGCGGUGUUGUCAUCGGCUUGAGAUCUUCACUCCCAAACUACCGGAAUCGCCUGCCACGGGCAUCAUCGUCGUAGGUAAAAGUCUCAUCGUCGGUGUGGGGUUUUUGUUGUUGCUGCUGCUGCUGCUGCUUUGAGCGGGCAAAGAGAAGGAAGCGAAAGCUGCCGCCUGUGGUUCACGCGCUGCACGAGGAAAGUUGAGGCUGCCGCUCGCUUCGUCUCGGAUUCGCAUCUUCCUCGACGGAGGGGUGGAGGGGUGGAGGGGGCAACCUUUGCGAGCGAGAGGAAAUGCGCACGGCGAGCUCACCCGGAGUUUCAUAAACCCUGCCUACCUUCUACCUACCCGCAUUACCGACUAACUACUGCCGACCAGCUCGCCGCAUUCCAGUUGUGAGCGCGCUGCCAUCGUCCCAGCGACGCGACUCGGAACAAAGGAAGACAAAGACGGAGUAAGGACGCGGGACGAGACGAAACGGGAGAGGUGGUUCGGCGUCGGAGCAAAGGCAACCAAACAACCCCUUGUUUCAUCAACGCCACCAGCACCAGGAGCAGCCGCUACCGAAGGCCCCGUCAAUGAAGGUCGCGUCGACACCAUAGCUCGCGCACGUAGGGAGCUUCGGAGCGAUUCGACGUUCGCCAAACGGUCGCGAGGCACUCCCUCUGCGUUUCCCGUGCCACCGCAUGGGCGUUGAUGUGGCGGACAGACCUCGACGACUGCUGUAAAACAUCACCGUCGCUAACGGCGGCGGUAGCCACCGUCGUCGUCUUCGUCGUCGGCAUCGCCACACGCCGCGCAUACAACACCGGCGUCCGGCGAGCAGGAGUGGAGGAGCAGAGGGAGUCGCGAGCGAUGUCCUGCUCCGGCUGUAGGGCCAUGCGCACGCACAUGUGCUGGGUGCUACUGCUGCUGGCUCUCGCCAGGGCACCGACCACGUCUUAUGCCGAAGUGCUCGAGCCUAUUUACUGGAGUGCCUCUAACAAAAUAUUCCAGCCAGGACGUGGCGGCUUGGUCGUCUACCCACAAAUUGGCGACAAGCUUGACAUCGUGUGUCCCCGCAUCGGCGAUGGAGGCCCUCCGGGAGGAGGUACGGGAUUCGGCUCGCCCUCGUCCUCUGGGGCUGCGACGGAGACCUACCAGUACAAGCUGUACAUGGUGACGCAGUCGGAAGCGGAGUCGUGCGACACGACCCGCCGCAAGAACCCGCUGCUCACCUGCAACCGGCCCGACCGCGACGUCAAGUACACCAUCAAGUUCCAGGAGUUCAGCCCGAGCGUCCUGGGCCUGGAGUUCCAGCGGGGCAGGGACUACUACAUCAUCUCGACCUCCACGGGCACGGAGCAAGGGAUAAUGAACGGCGUCGGUGGGGUCUGUCAAAGCGACGGCAUGAAGCUCAUCAUGAAGGUUGGCCAAGACCCCAAAAGGAAGGAGGAGACCUCGCCCGUCAACCCGUCUCCGUCUCCCACGAGAGCGCGGGCGGCCCCCCCCGUGGCCCCCGGAGACGACAGGAGGUCGACCGACCGCACCACCCGCACAGACCCGUCUGACUCCCUGCACGAGCUGCACCAGUCCGGCAUGGAGUCCAACCUGGCUCUCAUCGUCGGCGUGUCGAGCGGCUCCCUCAUCCUGCUGCUCCUGCUGCUGCUCCUCGCCCUCUCCGUCUGCUACGUCCGGCGCAGCCGCGAGUCCCGCCGUUGGGGCCGAGGCGGCGGCGGCGGCGGCGGCGGCGGCGGCGGUUCCGGGGGGCCCGGCCCCGGCGGGCCGGGCCGCCGGGGUCCGCACGCGAACGUGUUGGCGGCGGCGUCGGCGCCGCCCCCGCAGUCGUCGCUGCCGCUGUCGCUCACGCCCGGCUCCGUGACCGUGAAACUGGGGGGCGGGGGCGGAGGGGGCAACAACAACGGCUCAGACCCCAGCGACGUGGUGAUUCCGCUGCGGACGCUCGAGGGCGGAUUCUGCCCGCACUACGAGAAAGUGAGCGGGGACUACGGCCACCCGGUGUACAUCGUGCAGGAAGUGCCACCACCCAGCAACGCGAACGUCUACUACAAGGUGUGAGCGCCGCUGCCGAUCGGACCCUGGGCACGGACGCUGGGUUUCCGCAUCGCAAAAGCUUUGCUUUUGUGUUUUUAAUAGGUUUAUUUUAUUUUCGGGUUGUUCUUUUUGUCGUUCUAUAUUUUUUUCUUUUUACGACUCGAUGGACGCCGCCGUCCCCGUUCCACCGCGAAGGUGAAGCCGCAAGGGAGGACCACUUCCGCCGAUGACGUUUACUUGCGCCAUAUUGGACGCGUGAAAACGCUUGCGGGAGGAAGUCCUGCGGAGAACUCUGCCACCUCUCGUCGUCGGAAUAAAACGGCAAGCGACUGUUUGCGACCCUCACCCCCCCCCCCCCCGCCACCCCCUACGUCCGCCACCUCGUGCCAUCGCGCUCCACAAGUUUUACCGUGAGGCUCUCAACGGUGGCUUCCUCCGUCACACCCGUGCAGGAUGGUGACCUCUGCCGGAGACCUGUGCUUUGGUUCACACGAUUUUGCCAAGCCAUACAAAAGGGGUCUAAUAGCAGAGGACACGUUGUUGUUGUUGUCGCCUGCGUUGUGGUCAUCGCAAGGCAAGCAUAUGACAAAAAUAAAAUAUAAUUCUUAAAUGCCAUCCAAAUUCUAAUUCUACAUUCUUCUAAGCAAGAUGACCUUUUGCAGUAGUGGCAACAUUUCAAUAAAGGUGGUAUGCAUGGGGUUGUUUUUUUUUCUUUCUUGCUGUUGGUGAAGGUUAUUAUGUUCGAAAAUAACCUGCACUAUCUAGCUACUGCCCUGCUUUUUGAGUAACAAGUUACAUUACAAAAAAAAUAUUUUUGUGAUGCUGUGCUUAAUGAGUUUUAAGAGCUGCUUCAAACACUGGCUUUUCCAGACUUGUAGGCAUGUGCCCAUCACUGCAGAUUGCCUCUGAUCUAUCAGAGCUAUUCAUUGGCGUAUUUUUUUUUUAUUUUAUUUUAAUUUUGCAUUUUUAGAUCUUACAUUUGUUUUCGUUAUUAUGCAUUCUGUGAGUAAAUAAAUACUUUUGGGGAUACUUAAAAAAAAAGAAGCAUACAUGCAAGACCCGCUGUGGGGCUUUUUUUCCUCUCUAACAAAAACAUUUUUGUCAUUUUUCAUUUAUCAUUUCAUUUCACGGUACACUUUCAACCGUGCUCCGUGUGAGAGAACCCGCGAAGGCAUCUGCUAUAAACCUCUGUGCACCAUAUUUGCGCGCCCUUCAUAAUCUCCUCGCCGUUCUGGGGUGCUUGGCGCGCGGAGCCACAAUUUUAAACCUUUCUGACUAAAUGUCCACUGGACAGUUGCUCCCGCUGAAGCGGAUAUCGGUGACUGGUAGGUUUGCAUGAAAUGCUUUUUGCAGUUUUUAGUCUCAGGAGUCAGAAAACUUGAACGCUUUUUUUCUUCUUCUCUUCAUUUUGGGUCAAAGUACAAUGCUACUACUCGAAUUUUAAAAGACGAUCUUUGGGAGUUUUUUUAAUUGUUGCUUUUUAAUGAUCAUAAAUUCAUUUCGCGAAAUGCGGGAUUGUGAAAUCAAUUUUGCAGACGCACCACGCAUAUACACUUGCACUAACACGCACGCGGAUCACUAAUGUUUGACUGAAUAUGAAACUUUUUU